GUUCGAUUGGAUGGCAGUAAACCCUCGCCACUCCGCACCGGCAGUUCUCGACAGCGAAUUCGACCCGUCUCGUCCCGAUGGCCAGGAUGGAUUUCGAAGUCGUCGUCCUCGCCGGCGGCACCUCCCGCAAUCUCAACCCCCUCGUCUCCCAGGAGGUCCCCAAGGCGUUGCUCCCUGUCGCCAACCGCCCCGUCCUGUCUUACGUCCUCGAGCUCCUCGAAGCCAGCAACCUCAAGGAUCUCAUUGUGGUGGUUGAGGGAGAAGAUGCUGCACUCCGCAUUGGCGGAUGGAUAUCGGGUGCUUACGUUGACCGUCUUCAUGUUGAGGUGGCAGCUGUGCCCGAGGGUGUUGGCACUGCAGGAGCUUUGCGAGCUGUGGCAUCUUACCUCACUGCCAAUGAUGUUCUGAUUGUAAGCGGUGACCUUGUUACUGAUGUGCCUCCUGGGGCUGUGGCUGCAACACACCGAAGACAUAGUGCAGUAGUGACAGCAUUGCUGUGUCCAGCUCCUGUUAGUGGUCCAUCUGAUACAGGAACUUCUGGAGGAAAGGAAAAGGCUAAAAAACCAGUCCGCUGCAAUAUUGUGGGGCUGGAUCCAACAAGACAAUAUUUAUUACACUUGGCAACAGGGGCUGAAGUUGAAAAGGAUAUUCGAGUUCAAAAGAGCCUUCUUCGGGCUGUGGGACAGAUUGAAAUUCGAGCUGACCUCAUGGAUGCACACAUGUAUGCGUUUAAAAGGAGUGUUCUGCAGGACAUUUUGGAUCAAAAGGAUAAAUUUCAUAGCAUUAGACAGGAUAUUCUACCGUAUCUGAUCAGAACCCAGCUGAAUUCAGAAGUAUCAGAUAAUGGAGGUAUUAAAUCUGAAUUGGGGAUGGAUAAUAUAUCUUCACAAAAUGACCUGAGAUGGUUGUCUCAACACCGAGAAAUUGCUCCUUCUGCUUUCCAGGAGCCCCAUGCUUUUAGUCUUAAGCCGCUACCUGAUGCUCGAAGAACCCAUAAAUGCUGUGCUUAUAUCGCCAGUGAAAGCAAGUAUUGUGCUCGUUUAAACUCUAUUCAGGCAUAUAGUGACAUUAAUCGUGAUGUGGUAGGAGAGGCUAGUCACCUUUCUGGCUAUUCUUUCUCUGCACAAAACAACAUCAUUCAUCCAUCUGCUGAGCUGGGAUCUAAAACUACGGUUGGUCCACAAUGCAUGCUUGCAGAAGGUUCAAAAUUAGGUGAUAAAUGUAGUGUGAAACGAUCUGUCAUUGGUCGCCACUGCAGGAUUGGUUCAAAUGUCAAGAUUGUCAAUUCUAUUGUGAUGAAUCAUGUCACUAUUGAAGAUGGUUGUUCUAUUCAAGGUUCUGUUGUAUGCAGUAAUGUGCAGCUUCAAGAGCGUGUUGUUCUAAAGGACUGUCAGGUUGGUGCUGGUUAUGUUGUCACAACUGGCAGUGAACACAAGUCCGAAUCGCUUGCAAGAAAAUAAGUGCUAACAAGUCUCUCGCAAGGUUUCCUAAUUGCUUGCUUUUUCGGCGGAACUCCGGCCUAUACAUCCAUGUGCUUUGAGGUCAUGAGAGAGAGAGAGAGAGAGAGCCAUUUUGUUGUCUCCCUUUUUAUCUAUGUCUAUUGCUUUUUCUUGUCUUCUUUUUUAACCCAAGUACACCAUCACAAUAUGCCAUAUCCUUGAUAGAAUUCUGAACUGUCUCGUUUCAUAUGUUUGCAUGUAAAAUUUGGUUUCUAUUCAUAUCACUGCUUUUGAUUUCCUUAAUUAA